AUGUCAAAUAGACGUAGAAUUAAUUAUUGCAAUUUCUUCUAUUGUUCCUAUAGCAAUUAUAUUAAUAUAAUAUUAAUAUAAUAUAUAAUAUUGUUCCUAUAGGAAUAUUAUCAAUAAUAAAAUUAAAAUUAUAUGGAAGAUAUUAUAUAAUAAUUAGCCAUGGACUUAUUUCUUCUGCAUUAUUCUAUUUAAUUAAUUUAAUUUAUAUUCAAACUAAUACACCCGAAAUGUGGUUUGGAAUUGUGUUCGCAGUGGUCGUUGAAAUAGUGCCGUUGCACUUCCGAUCGACCACUAUCGGCGCCUUCUUGUUCGUGAUGAACAACAUCGGUGGAAAUCUACCGAUACUGGUCGAACCAACAAGAAUGGCCAUCGGCUUCCGAGAAUCACUUUAUAUUUUUUACGCCGGUUUCUACGGCCUUAGUUCUAUACUGUUCUUUUCCACCAUGUUCCUCAUGGACGGGGCUGUGAAAGAAGAAGCAAAGCCGGAUAUCAGUAAAAUACCAGAAUCCGGAUACGACAACAGCACAUUCACUACCGACGAAGGGCGUGUGCCAACGUUGGAACUUCCUCGAUUAUAUCCAUCGGCGCCGCGUCGUUUCGAAAAUUCC